AUUUGCCCACUAAUCUUGUGACCAGCGUGAGACAGAACGACGCCUCGAGCCCCCUUUUUUAGCAUUUUUCGGCUGUACUCUUUUGCAUAAUCUUCGCAUGAGCUCCCAGCUGAGAGCCGGUCAAUAGGUUGAUGCGAGUGAGACCAUGUAUAUAAAUUGUGGGGUUCCUCAGAGUGUCUGUCAGUUUAUCAGCUAUUAUCUACUGAACCAAUCGUCUCUCAUAAUGCGUCUAACAAUUUUCUUUGCGCUAAGCUUAGCUGUGGGCGUGGUUACAAGUCUGCCCAUGUCAUCAACAAGUCAGCCCAACAGAGAACUACAGGAGAAACUAUAUCAACAAUGGCCAGGCGUAGAGGACGAACGAUUGGCCGAUGCUGAAGUGGAUAAUGCAUAUGAGCUGUACAAGCAUAAGACCAGAAAGCCUAAGAUUCUACAAGUUUCGCCGAAUGAUAUUCUAAGCGAGCCUCCAGCUAAACUCAAUUUAUGAAGAUGAAUCACAAACUCAACCAUGUUCCAGCACUUACGGGUAUACAGUCAUUAUAGGUUAUGGUAAUAGAUAAGAAUAAAAAAAAAAAGACAUAAAUAAAAUCAAAAUUAUGUUCAAGCAUUUAUGGGUAAACAGUAUGGUAUUAAACGAGCAUUAAAAAAAGCAAAAAAAAAAGGAAAGAAACUGAAAAAU